GAUUAUAAAUGUCAUACACAAGUUUGUUUACGAAAUUGCAUUUUUCUGUACAGCAACUACUCUGAAAAUUGUGAAUAUUAAAAAGAAUCCUUUUGUAAUUAGUGUUUGUAACAGUCAGACAUGUCUUCCUAUCAUCUAAGCACGAAGGAACGUCUGUUAGCCAUUGUGGACGACAUUGAAAUAAUCUCAAAGGAGCUAAUUGAGAAUACGAUUGCACCGAAGCACCAAAAAAUGUCCAGUGCGGACCAUUCCCAGCUGGUUGAGUUGCUGGUGUCCAAGGAUAAAGAAAUGAAGUCUACGCUUCAACUGGCAGCCGAACAAGCUGGCAUAGAGAAAAAAAUGGAUGGCCUCCGGCAACAAGUGAAGAAACAGGACGAAGAAAUCAAUCACCUGCAGAAGCAGCUCAAAGAAGCGGAACAUAUCCUUGCGACUUCUAUAUUCCAAGCCCGUCAGAAGUUGGCCAGUAUAUCGAAGGCAACUAAGCGGCCUGUAUCUUCGGAAGAAUUAAUCAAAUUCGCACACAGGAUCAGUGCAUCCAAUGCGAUAUGCGCACCGCUAACGUGGCAGCAGGGAGAUCUUCGGCGACCGUACCCGACUGACAUCGAGAUGCGUUUGGGUUUCCUGGGCAAGUCCGAUCUGAACAUCAACGGGCACAAUCUGCAGCACCAGAAUAGUUUGAACGAAAUGCAUCGGAACACAACGGCUGGGGCCGCCGGUGGUACCGGUGUAGCGGGAGCUCCCGCAGCUAGCGAAAUUCCCGCAUCGGCGCAAAAUCAGUUCGCUUGGCAUCCGUCCGGUGAGCUGCACAUGUCGAUGGGAUCCGGUGCCGGUUCGGUGUCGCUGGAUACUCGAUCCCACAAGGAUGCCUCCCAGGAUGACGUCGAGGUGAUGUCCACCGACAGUUCCAGCUCGAGCUCGAGUGAUUCGCAGUAGAAUGUCCGUAUGGCUUGUGAAUAUAUGCUGAUUUCUCAAUUGA